AUGCGUGCGGGUGCAAGCCUUGUCGCCACAUUGGUGGCACAGGGCGUGGCUGGGUUGAGCUGCUGCAACCACACUAUCUCUCGGGACGUUGUCGUUGUCGGCGGUGGUGCCGCUGGUUCGCAUGCCGCCGUGUGGUUGAGGGACCAUGAUCAGAGUGUGGUUGUCGUGGAGAAGGCCAGCCAACUUGGUGGUCACACGGCUUUCUACUACGAUGCGGACUCCAACAAGUCCAUCAACGUCGGUGUCCAGGCAUGGAUGGAAUACAAAGACACUUUUGACUUCCCGAAGCGCAUGAACGUCUCAACGAGCGGGUUGAUGCAGUUCACCACGCUCGACUACAAGUACGUCGACUUCAAAACGGGCUCACCAGUAACGGGCUGGACCGCACCCUCUUCAGACGCCAUGUACCCCGCGCUGCAGAGGUACCUCGACGUCCUCGAGAAGUACGAGGAUAUCAUCCUCCCGGGCUUCGAGAACUUCCCCGAGGCCGACGCCAUUCCGGAUGACCUGGUCAUGCCCUUCCGCGAGUUUGUCGAAAAGUACGACAUCGCCGCCGCCGUACCCCAAAUCUGGGAUUCCACGGCCCAGGGUCUCGGUGACACCAUGGACGUGCCGACCUUGUUCGUCAUGCAGGCCUCCGGAGUCCCCAUGGUAAGAGCUCUGCUGGGAACCGCCGCCGCAGCAGUCCCGGCCUCCGGUCGCCUCUACGAGCUUUACGAGAGCGUUGCUAAGUUCCUCGGCAACGACGUCCUCUACUCCAGCACCGUCGUCUCUACGGCCCAACGUACCGACGAGGGUGUCUCCGUGAAGGUCGCCGGCGCCGAUGGCACCCUCACCUGCAUCAACGCAAAGCGCCUACUCAUCGCCUUCGAGCCGACCCCCGAGAGCCUCGCGCCCUUCAGCCCGGACGAGACGGAGACAGACGUCUUUGACAAGAUCGAGUUCACCACCGUCUACGCCGGCAUCCUCCGCCACCCUUCGCUGCAGACCAGCACCGCCUACUCCAACAGGUCGCCGGCCUCUGGUUCGACCAACUACACCGUCUUCCCUACUCCCUCUCAGGUGGGCCGCAUCGACUACAUCGGUGGCACAAAGGACCUUUUCCAGUUCACGGCCGUCGGCACGGAUGAGGAUACCUUGGAGAGCAUCAAGGCUGUCAUCGCCGACUCCAUUGACAACUUGAUUGAGGCCGGGACCGUCCCUGUUUCCAACGGCACACUCAGCUUUGUUGCUUUUGCGAACCAUGGCAAGAUGCAUCCUCGCGUUCCUGGCGAAGAGCUCCGCGCUGGGUUCAUUCAGAGACAGACGGCUCUUCAAGGUCGCCGCUCCACCUGGUACACGGGAGCAGCCUUCUCUGCAGGCUUCUCGACUGUGGUCUGGGAGUACAACAAUGUCAUAUUGCCCAAGUUGAUUGAUGGUUUGUAA